CAAUCCAUUUCAAAAACAAUAAAAACGUAUCUACCAACCCAUUGUCUUAUUCAGACAACUCUCCUCUUUUCUCUCUCUUCGUAUCUCCCAAAUCCCAAACCAAACGUAGCCCUAGAACUACUACACACCUCCACAUAGUUCCCGUCGACCGCUCACCUCCGCCGCGCUCAGCCCAUCUCUCACCUUGGUCCAUGGUUGCUCCUCCCUCAAAUUCGCUGUGAAAUAGGGUCUUGAGAAAUUGUUUCUUGUCGAAUUGAAAUGGGAACUGUCGAGACAAGAUCAACAACCCUAGUACCCUCGUCUGCUACUGGUACGCCUGAACCAGCUAAAGCUCAAGCCCCAAAAGAGAAAUCCCUUAAAGAAGCUCUUGAGAGUUGUUCGACCCAGAAGAGUGCGGGUCCGAAGUCCUUGGUAGAAGGUUGCGUUGAGGUGAAGAAUGAAGGCUUGAGUGGUGAUUUGGGUCAAGGGGCUGUCGAUACCGAUAUUUCGAGUCAAAGGGGUUCUUCGGAUGUUGAGAAAGGUGGUCUUGCUGAGUCUACGCAUAGUCUUCGGCGUGGGUCUGUUGAAAAGUUUGAAGAUGGGGAUAAAGCAAGUAAUGGUGAAAAAGGCGGCCUUGAACGGCUUGACGUUUCUUUGGAUGAAAAUGGACGUGAAAAUGGUGAGUUGAGGUCGAUGGAGGUGCCCAUUGAGGAUCUUAGUGAAAGCAACGAUGGGGAAGUAGAGGACAUGGGUGAAGAAGGGCACAAGUUUUUGGUGGGUGAUUUUGUUUGGGGUAAAGUGAGGAGCCAUCCAUGGUGGCCUGGGCAGAUAUAUGACCCGUCGUAUGCGUCGGAGUUUGCUGCGAAGAAGAAAGUCAAGGAUCGAUAUCUCGUGGCUUACUUUGGUGAUGGAACAUUCGCUUGGUGCCCUCCAUCUCAAUUGAAGCCUUUUGAGGAGAAUUUUGAUGAGAUGUCGAAGCAAAGUAACAUGAAGACUUUUGUCAGUGCUGUGCAACAGGCUAUUGAUGAGAUUGGUAGACUUUUGGAGUUGAAGAUGAUUUGCUCUUGUGUACCGAAAGAGAAUAGAACUGGGCUUGGUCAACCGUUGGCAGAGAAUGCUGGUAUUAAGGAGGGAGUUCUUGUACCUGACGGUGAAAGUAGGAAGCUUUCAGGUGUCUUUGCUGAGCCAUCUGAGCUUCUUGCUGAACUUAAACGUGUUGGACAUGAUGUUUAUCUGACUAAUGGGCUUGAGCUCAAGGUGUUAAGGAGUCGAUUGUCUGCUUUUUAUCGGACUCGAGGGGGUUAUGAUUUGCCUGAAUACCAUGAUCCCAAGCCAGUUUCGGGUCUUGACGAUGGCGUGAAAUCAGUCGAAGUCCCAACCCAAGGGCCAUUUGAAGAGUGGCUUCCCUCACCAAUGAGUGUUGAUACCAUCCAAGCUAAUGAAGGUAUGUUGCAAAGCUCUCCUGUGGUUUCAGAAAGCAAGAAAACUCAUAGAAGGAAGCAGAGAAGUAUGGCUGAUCUAAUCGGCGAAAGCAAGAAAACUACGGGUGGGAAGUUGGAUUCAGAAGAAAAAAGCUCAGAGAAAUCAGCACCUCCUGUGGUGAAGAAUGGGAAAGACACUAAGGACGAGGAAAUGGCUACAGAUGAAACUAACUCGGAGAAAUCAGCCCCUCGUUCAGGGACAAAGAAGAGGAAAGAUAAAGAGGAAUCUGAUAGUCAAGAUGACAGUUUGAUUUCCCUAAAAGGGAAGAGAAGAAAGGCCGGGUUGUUGGGGUUUCCUGUAAGCACUAGUAGCGACAUUGAUAGCAGUGUUAAGAAAGGUGGAGACUUGGAGAAGCAAAACACUAAAGAAGGCCUUGUUUCGAAGGGAAGGACUAAGAAAAAAGGCAUCAACAUUGAGUGCGACGAUAGUGAUGUUAAAACUAGAUCUGGAAUUGGUUCGGGUUCCAGAAAUUUGAACUUGGACAUCGGUAGUGUAAAAAGCGAUGAAAGUGCGGUCAGGGAACAAUUGGAGUUGGCUUCUUCACCUAGGGAAAGAAAAAAGAGCAAGUACUUGUCCCCUCCCUUCACAAUGUUAAAUAGUGGUAAAAGGAGAAGAGAAAUGGAGGCGGAGUUAUUAAGAUUCGCUACCGAGGUGAGUAUGGAGGGAAAAAAUGCCGUGGAAGCGGACCAAAAUGUUGUAUCGUCUCCUAUUUCAAAGGACAGUUCCGAGGCAUUGCAGAACCACGUCUCUACAGAGCCUGGUCCUGGUGAUGUAACUGGCAAGUCUCUUGGCUCAAGUCCUAUUCCCAAGACACCAACCGAAAAUCCGAACAAGAUUAUUGAUGGAACAAAAGCUAAUGUACCAGCAAAUGAAUUACUAUCUGAAGUGCUUUGUGUGGCUGUGAAUCCAUUUACUCCAAGGGGAAAGAAAUCUCAGCAGAUGGUUGGGGACUUUAUAUCUCUUUACAGAAGCUUGGUAUACCUCAAUGGUCCCAACUACAAACUAUACAACAAGCGUCAAUCUCGUAGAAAGAGAAAGAAUUUAGAUUCUGAAUCUGGGUCCCAGAAGGAAGAUCCAGAGCAGACAGCUGAAAAGUCUACUGAACAAGAGUCUGGGCGAAGGAAAGUCAAAAACCAAAAGAUGGGAGCGGAUAAGCCUAAAGAAAAGGGAGCGGUUGACACUCCUGAUGUGAAGUUGGAUAAGCAAAAGCCAAUGAAAGGUGCUGGAUCUCCAGAGGCGAAGAAAGUGGAUAAAGAGAGUGUCGAGGGAAAGUCUUCUCCUGCUGCUCUUUUCGUUACAUUUGGCCCAGGGUCUUCACUGCCCACUAAAGCUAGUCUCAUUCAGAUGUAUGGUAAAUACGGGGAAUUGGAUGAAACUGAGACAGAAAUGUUCUACAACAAUUUCUGUGCCCGGGUUUCUUUCAAUAAAAUAUCUAAUGCUGAAGUAGCCUUCAAUGAUUCACAAACUUCUAGCCCUUUUGGCAAUGCUAGUGUUAGUUUCCGGCUUCAGUAUCACUCCGGCGCAUUCAAGACUCGGGAACUCAGUGAAAUAUCCAGGCGGCAGAGAAAUGCUUCUCCACUCCAGAACAAUGUCACCACCCCAAAGAAACCGAGGUCGCAGCCAAAAGGAAGUUCUGAAGCAGACCUCAAUUUCAUAAAAGAGAAACUUGAGAAGAUCUCCUCAAUGCUGGAAGAUAAAACUUCCAAAGUCUCGCCAAGGACGAAAUCAAAACUACAGGCUGAGAUAAAUGAACUGUUGGAGAAGGUAGGCACAAUGGUUGGAGGAUCGUCAUCUUAAUAAAGUAGAUAUAAUCUUUAGAUACCGUUUACACACAGUCCCUUUUAGUUUUUGUAGCCAGUUAUCUAUGUAGCUCUACUUUUUGUAUAGGAUGUAGGAAUUCACUUCAUACAGAUGAGUGUCCUGUGGUGGUCUUUUGUAACUAGUUGCUCAAGCUUUUAUAAUAUAGAGGUCCAUUUUCACAGACAA